GCUCGCCCGGCGGCCGCUGAAGACAGACGCAGGGGGGGAGGGGGGUGCGGCGAGCCGCCCCGCUCUGGUCCCCGGCGCUGCGCUCGCGGCACCCCGUGUCAUGAGGGUCACCUCCUCCCCCGAGCCGGCCCGGGAGGGGGCGCGGGGCACGGUUGAUGCUGGCCCAGGAUGGAUCAGGCCUGUGAACUCCCUCGAAGCAAUUGUCUGCCGCCGCCUUUUUCCAAUUCAGUGAAUUUCGAUGCCCCUGAAGACACAGACAGCCCUUUCGGUAAUGGUCAAUCCACUUUUUCUGAGCCACUUAAUGGGUGUACUAUACAGUUACCGCCUGCCAGUGGAACCUCCCAAAAUGCUUAUGGACAAGAUUCUCCGUCUUGUUACAUUCCACUGCGGAGACUACAGGAUUUGGCCUCCAUGAUCAAUGUAGAGUAUCUAAAUGGGUCGGCUGAUGGGUCAGAAUCGGCUCCAGGCCCCGAAAACAGUGAUUCAAGAGCCCAGAUGCCACUUGGUUGCCCUGCCUUGCCUCCUGGACUUGCUGUGAAUCAGGAGCCCUCUUGUAAUAACUCCCCAGAACUCCAGGUAACAGUCUCAAAGAUGCUCCAGAAUGGCGUGCUGCACUCUGAGAAUUUUCCUGGUGUGGACCAUGCAGAUGUAGAUUCUGAAAUGGACCCAGGCCAGCCCGUCCCAGAGGAGGAGAGGAUAGAGGAGCUCUUUGAGGAGACCCAGACCAAUGCCACCUGCAAUUCUGAGCCUAAAUCAGAGAAUGGUAGAGCCGUGGCCAUGGGAAAUGAACAAGACGGCACAGCAGAGCGUAGACCCGGGCCAGGCCCAGCACCACUCUUGCCGUUAGCUCCUCAGACUGAACCACAGAAAAAUAAGCAGAGGAAUGACUUGGACGGCAGCGAGGAGAAAGCAGCCCCCAUUUCACUAGGAGAUACAAACGUUGACGUAGAAGAGCAAUUAAAUUCAAUAAAUUUAUCUUUUCAGGAUGAUCCAGACUCCAGUACCAGCACAUUAGGAAACAUGCUAGAAUUACCUGGAACUUCAUCAUCAUCUACUUCACAGGAAUUGCCAUUUUGUCAACCCAAGAAAAAGUCUACACCACUGAAGUAUGAAGUUGGAGAUCUCAUUUGGGCAAAAUUCAAGAGACGCCCAUGGUGGCCCUGCAGAAUUUGUUCUGAUCCAUUGAUGAACACACACUCAAAAAUGAAAGUUUCUAAUCAGAGGCCCUAUCGCCAAUACUACGUCGAGGCUUUUGGAGACCCUUCUGAGAGGGCCUGGGUGGCUGGGAAAGCAAUCGUCAUGUUUGAAGGCCGGCAUCAAUUUGAAGAGCUUCCUGUCCUUAGAAGAAGAGGGAAGCAGAAAGAAAAAGGCUAUAGGCAUAAGGUUCCUCAGAAAAUUUUGAGUAAAUGGGAAGCUAGUGUUGGUCUUGCUGAGCAGUAUGAUGUUCCCAAAGGGUCAAAGAACCGAAAAUGUGUCACCAGCUCUAUCAAGUUGGACAGUGAGGAGGAUAUGCCAUUUGAGGACUGUGCGAAUGAUCCUGAAUCCGAACAUGAUCUGUUGCUUAAUGGCUGCUUGAAAUCUUUGGCUUUUGACUCUGAACAUUCGGCAGACGAGAAGGAAAAGCCUUGUGCCAAGUCUAGAGUCCGGAAGAGCUCGGAGCCUCCCAAGAGGAUCAGUGUGAAGAAGGACCCCAUGCAGUUCGACGCGCACAAAGACGAACGCAGGGGCAAGAUCCCCGACAAACUUAGCCUCAACUUCCUUCCUGGGGACGUGUCUGAGAAGCAGGCCUCGAGUGAGCUGUCCCGGAUAGCAAGCAGCCUGGCUGGGGCUGCCCCUUCCCCAGGAGGCUUUCUCUUUUCUUCGUGUGGCAAAACGCCCAUCAAGAAAGAUUGCGAGACUGCCACCUGCGACUCUUUGUUGGGCUUGCCCGAGGGUGCCUUGGUGCCAAAACGGCCUGGGGAGAAGCAGCAGCCGCUGCAGCGCGGCCUCAUGUGCAGUUCCAAAGUGCAGCUCUGCUACAUUGGCGCCGGGGAUGAAGAGAAGCGCAGCGACUCCAUCAGUGUCUGCACCACAUCCGACGACGGAAGCAGCGACGUGGACCCCAUCGACCCCAGCUCUGAGUCAGACCCCGGGGUCCUGGAAAUCACAGACACUUUCGACCACACGGAGAACUUGCUCUCCAUGCAGAAGAAUGACAAGGUGAAGUAUUCCAGGUUUCCUGCCACAAACACUAAGGCAAAAGCCAAGCCGAAGCCCCUCAUUUCGAACUCACACACAGACCACUUAACAGACUGUCCUAAGCCCGCAGAGCCUAGAACCGAGACAGCUCAGGUUAACCUCACCGACCUUCAGUUGUGCACUAUUGUCCAUAAACCCCAGUCGGAUCCUCGAAAUGACAGUCUCCUGCCCAAAUUCAGCACACCCUCUGGCCUGUCAAGUGAGAACACCCUCCUGAAGAGUGGGCCCACAAAUCAAGCCUUGGUCCUUCCGAGAAGCAAACAGUCCAAGAUCCGGAGUAUUAAGUGCAAACAUAAAGAAAGCCCUGGCAUGGCCGAAGCGCCCGUUGCGCACGAAGACUGUGGUUUGAAAUACUGCUCUUCUGAUGCCAAAGGUCCGCCUUUGGCCGGCAUUUCCAAAAGUGGGAAGGUGGACGGGCUGAAACUACUGAGCAACAUGCACGAGAAAACCAGGGAUUCCAGUGACAUCGAGACGGCCGUGGUGAAGCACGUGCUGUCUGAGUUGAAGGAGCUCUCCUACCGGUCUCUCAGUGAGGAUGGUGGUGACUCCGCUGCCGCCAGGCCUUCCAAACCACUACUGUUUUCUUCCUCGGGCCAGAACCAUAUUCCCAUCGAGCCAGACUACAAGUUCAGCACCUUGCUCAUGAUGCUGAAGGACAUGCACGAUAGUAAGACUAAGGAGCAGCGGCUGAUGACGGCUCAAAACCUGGUCUCCUACCGGAGCCCGGCGAUGGGGGACUGCUCCACCAGUAGCCCCAUGGGUGCCUCUAAGGUUUUGGUUUCUGGAAGCUCCACGCAGAAUUCAGAAAAGAAAGCAGACGGCCCUCAGGACCGGACCCGGCCUGGCCCGGUCCCUGACUCCUCACUGACCAGGGAGCCGCCUGCCCCCCUCCCUGGCUCCGCCGCCGACAGAAGAGACCUCCCUGCUCCUGGGAAAACUCAGCCGAACUGUGUUCCUAGGCGCAACUGUGGGCGCGCGAAGCUGGCCUCCAAACUGCGAGAUGGUUUUGCCCCCCAGGUGGGGAAAAACACCGCAAACCGUAAAGCCUUAAAGACAGAACGCAAGAGAAAACCGAACCACCUUUCUGCUGGGACUCUGGGGGCUGUGCUGCAGGGGGACAGCGAGAGUGAGAGUGGGGGGGCUCCUGGGGAUGGCUGCUCGCGGGACAGGGCGGGACCCCCCAUCGAGGGAGACCCCCUUUCGUUGGUGGGCGCGCUUCCCAGCGAAGAUGCUCCCCGCUUUCCCGAUGUUCACCUUGAUAGCCAGGCCAAACUUUCGGACCCUAAGACAGAUUCCCAGAAGGGCCCCUCUUUUGACAACAAAAAUGGCCUGGAGCUUGACUCUGGACUGAACAGCGAGAACGAGGAGCCCAGUAGCAUCAAUCCGGCCGUGCCGAAAAAACGGUGGCAGAGGGUCAACCAAAGGCGCACCAAGCCUCGGAAGCGCACCAACAGAUUCAGGGAGAAAGAGAACUUGGAGGGCACCUUUGGGGUCACGCUUCCUGCUGACCCCGCGAAGAAGGAGGGUGAGUGUCUGGAACCGACACCUUCCCCUCCUCCUGCUGGGACCGUCCUAGAGGAGGCCCUGGCUGAGCCCAGCCCUGCUGGCCACCAGGAUGUCGUUGGGCCAAGCUUGAACGUGUGUGAAAAGUCUAGGACCUGUGGGGAGGAACCGGAGAAGGAGCCGGAGCCAGCGAUUCCCAGUCUCACUCCGGAACCAGCUGUUCGGACAGAGAAGAAACGCCUUAGGAAGCCAAGCAAGUGGCUUCUGGAAUAUACAGAAGAAUAUGAUCAGAUCUUUGCUCCUAAGAAAAAACAAAAAAAGUUACAGGAACAGGUACACAAGGUAAGUUCCCGCUGUGAAGAAGAAAACCUUAUAGCCCGAUGUCGCUCUAGUACUCAGAACAAGCAGGUGGAUGAGAAUUCUUUGAUUUCAACCAAAGAAGAGCCUCCGGUUCUUGAAAGGGAGGCUCCAUUUUUGGAAGGGCCUUUGGCUCAGUCUGAACUCGGAGGUGGACAUGCUGAGCUGCCACAGCUGACCUUGUCUGUGCCUGUGGCUCCGGAAGUCUCGCCACGGCCUGCCCUUGAGUCUGAGGAAUUGCUAGUUAAAACCCCAGGAAAUUAUGAAAGUAAACGUCAGAGAAAACCAACCAAGAAACUUCUUGAGUCCAAUGAUUUAGACCCUGGAUUUAUGCCUAAGAAAGGUGAUCUUGGACUUUCUAAAAAGUGUUAUGAAAGUGGCCACCUGGAGAAUAACAUAACUGAAUCACGCGCUGCCUCUCAUUCUAAAGAGUAUGGUAUAGGUACCACCAAGAUAUUUGAUAAGCCGAGGAAGCGGAAACGACAGAGGCAUGCUGCAGCCAAGGUGCAGUGUAAGAAGGUGAAAAGUGAUGACUCAUCAAAAGAAACCCCAGGCUCAGAGGGAGAGCUGAUGCCACUCAGGACGGCGGCCAGCCCCAAGGACCCUGCCGAGGAGGGUGCGGAGCAGGAGCUGCCAGUGUCGAAGAAGCUGCAGGGGGAGCGCGGCGGGGGAGCUGCCCUCAAGGAGAACGUCUGCCAGAACUGUGAGAAGCUGGGGGAGCUGCUGCUGUGUGAGGCUCAGUGCUGCGGCGCUUUCCACCUGGAGUGCCUUGGAUUGACCGAGAUGCCCAGAGGGAAAUUCAUCUGCAAUGAAUGUCGCACAGGCAUCCAUACCUGUUUUGUAUGUAAGCAGAGUGGGGAGGAUGUUAAAAGGUGCCUUCUGCCCUUGUGCGGAAAGUUCUACCAUGAAGACUGUGUCCAGAAGUACCCACCCACUGUCAUGCAGAACAAGGGCUUCCGGUGCUCCCUCCACAUCUGCAUCACCUGUCACGCUGCUAACCCGGCCAGCGUCUCUGCGUCGAAAGGUCGUCUGAUGCGCUGUGUUCGCUGCCCUGUGGCUUACCAUGCCAAUGAUUUCUGUCUGGCUGCGGGGUCAAAGAUCCUUGCUUCUAACAGUAUCAUCUGCCCGAAUCACUUUACUCCUCGGCGGGGCUGCCGGAACCAUGAACAUGUUAAUGUCAGCUGGUGUUUUGUGUGCUCAGAGGGAGGCAGCCUUCUGUGCUGUGAUUCUUGCCCUGCCGCUUUUCAUCGUGAAUGCCUCAACAUUGACAUCCCCGAAGGAAACUGGUAUUGCAAUGAUUGUAAGGCGGGCAAAAAGCCACACUACAGGGAGAUUGUCUGGGUCAAAGUAGGACGCUACAGGUGGUGGCCAGCAGAGAUCUGCCAUCCGCGCGCUGUUCCUUCCAACAUUGACAAAAUGAGACACGAUGUGGGCGAGUUCCCGGUGCUCUUUUUCGGCUCCAACGACUAUCUGUGGACUCACCAGGCCCGGGUCUUCCCCUACAUGGAGGGCGAUGUGAGCAGCAAGGAUAAGAUGGGCAAAGGCGUGGAUGGAACUUAUAAAAAAGCUCUUCAAGAAGCUGCAGCGAGGUUUGAGGAGUUAAAGGCCCAGAAGGAGCUGCGACAGCUGCAGGAGGACCGGAAGAAUGACAAGAAGCCCCCUCCUUACAAACACAUUAAGGUGAACCGCCCCAUCGGCAGGGUCCAGAUAUUCACUGCGGACCUGUCUGAGAUCCCGCGCUGCAACUGCAAGGCGACCGACGAGAACCCCUGUGGCAUCGACUCGGAGUGCAUCAACCGCAUGCUGCUGUACGAGUGCCACCCCACCGUGUGCCCCGCUGGGGGCCGCUGCCAGAACCAGUGCUUCUCCAAGCGCCAGUACCCCGAGGUGGAGAUUUUCCGCACCCUGCAGAGGGGCUGGGGGCUGCGCACGAAGACCGACAUCAAGAAGGGUGAAUUUGUAAACGAGUAUGUGGGAGAGCUGAUCGAUGAAGAGGAAUGCAGAGCUCGAAUCCGUUAUGCCCAGGAACACGACAUCACUAAUUUCUACAUGCUCACUCUGGACAAAGACCGGAUCAUCGAUGCGGGCCCCAAAGGAAACUACGCGCGCUUCAUGAAUCACUGCUGCCAGCCCAACUGUGAAACCCAGAAGUGGUCUGUGAACGGGGACACGCGUGUGGGCCUCUUUGCCCUGAGCGACAUCAAAGCAGGCACUGAACUUACCUUCAACUACAACCUAGAAUGUCUUGGGAAUGGAAAGACCGUUUGCAAAUGUGGAGCCCCAAACUGCAGUGGCUUUUUGGGUGUAAGGCCAAAGAAUCAGCCCAUCGCCACGGAAGAGAAGUCCAAGAAAUUCAAGAAGAAGCAGCAGGGCAAGCGCCGGACCCAGGGGGAGGUCACCAAGGAGCGCGAGGAUGAGUGUUUCAGCUGCGGCGACGCUGGCCAGCUCGUGUCCUGCAAGAAGCCAGGCUGCCCCAAAGUGUACCACGCCGACUGCCUCAACCUCACCAAGCGGCCUGCAGGGAAGUGGGAGUGUCCCUGGCACCAGUGUGACAUCUGCGGCAAGGAGGCGGCGUCCUUCUGUGAGAUGUGCCCCAGCUCCUUCUGCAAGCAGCAUCGGGAAGGCAUGCUCUUCAUCUCCAAGCUGGACGGGCGGCUCUCCUGCACCGAGCACGACCCCUGUGGGCCCAACCCCUUGGAGCCCGGGGAGAUCCGUGAGUAUGUGCCGCCACCUGCGCCACUGCCGCCCGGGCCCGCGUUGGGAACGGCUGCUCAGGGGCCCGCGGCCUCUGAGAAGCCUCCUGCCGACACCUCCCAGCCGCUUGCACUGGCCAAAAAAGCUCUGCCCGGCACCUGCCCACGGCCAUCCCAGUCUGACCGACCGCCUCCAGGCAGGACUGACUGCAGGCCCCAGUCUGUGGACAGGGACCGGGACUCAGCGGGAGCAGGGCCCAAACCCCCCUCCUCGGCCUCUGGCCAGAAAGCCCCGGACCAGCCCCCUGCCGCAGCCGCAGGACCCCGGCCCCAGCCCUCCGACAAACCUGCUCCAGUCUCCAGCCCCAGCGCCUCCAGCUCAGUCAGAGCCCCGCCAUUGGAACGGCCUCCGGGGGCAUCUGAUUCCCGGCUGGAAAAACCCAGAGGUGCUGCCGGCUCCCGGCCCCCGGCCCUGGAGAAACCCCCAGGCCCUGCCGGCCUGCGACUGCGGCCGCCGGACAGACUGCUGCUCCCCAGUGGGCCCAAGCUCCAGACGCCCGACAGGCCCCCCGAGAAGCCCCACGCAGCCCUGUCCCAGAGACUGCCGCCUCCUGACAAAGUCUUAUCAGCUGUGGUGCAGAGCCUGGUGGCGAAGGAGAAAGCGCUGAGGCCCGUGGAUCAGAACUCCCAGGCCAAGGACAGAGCCGCGCUGGUCAUGGACCUCAUCGACCUGACCCCUGCCCAUAAGGAGCGCGCAGCCUCGCCCGAUGCCGGCCCGCCGACCGGGGACAAGAUGCCCGUGCUGGAGCCCGGCCUCUGGCCCGCCAGUAGAGCUGGGGGCGAGCGGAGCAGCGCAUCCGAUCCUGGCCUCCAGGCCCCGGGAAAAGCCGCCGCCCCAAUGGAGCACCCCUGGCAAGCUGUUAAGUCACUGACCCAGGCCAGACUUCUUCCUCAGCCCCCCGCCAAGGCUUUUCUGUAUGAGCCGGCAACUCAGACCUCGGGGCGCGCCUCUGCUGGGGCCGAGCCCACCGGGGCUCCCCUCCAAGCCACGGGUCUGCUGAAGCAGGUGAAGCAGAUGGCCGCGGGCCAGCAGCUCUCGGGGCUCGCUGCCAAGAGCGGGGUGUCCCACAGGCCGCUGGGGAAGGCCCCCGGCUCCCUCCCUACAGAAGAGAAGCAGCUGCCCACCUCUGAGCAGAGGCCCUGGGCCCCCGGCAAGGCCUCCCCGGGUGCUGGACUCUGGCCCCUGGUGUCUGGACAGAACCGGGCCCAGUCCUGCUGGUCCCCCGGGAGUGCACAGACGUUGGCACAGACUUGCUGGUCCCUUGGAAGAGGGCAAGACCCUAAGCCAGAGCAAAACACACUCCCAGCUCUCAACCAGGCUCCUUCCGGUCACAAGUGUGCAGAGUCCGAGCAGAAAUGAUAGCGUCCAUGUCACCUGGCCAGUCCAGCAGUCCCUGGGCUUUGGGGAAUGGGAGCUCUUUCGUCUUUCCUUCCCCCCUGCAGAAAACAGACCCCAACACUUUCCCACUGUCCCUCUUCCCUUGUGUCCCAACACUCAGAACUCUUGUGACAUUAGCCAGUGGGGCUUGUGAUUGUGUGAGCUGUGUCUGGACAUCCCAGUGGGCCCCAGCCAAGGAGACAGACAGGCUUGGGUCUCCCGCGCCCCCUCAUCUUUACAUGGUCGAUUUAAAAUAAAGAGUCCACUCUGGA